UUAUUAAUGUGAUUUGGACAAAAUUCCUUUAAGCCCGUGUUUUUCAAUAAUCAGAUUAUUGAAGUGAGUGUAACAAUUAAUUAUAAUUAACAAAUGGUAAACAUCUAGCUUCAUAAAAAGUUUGACUCUUAUAGGUAGGACUAUAGGAGUAAAAAUAUUACUGAGGGUGUAAUAAAAUAGCUAAAAUUCAGUAGAAACACUACUUUACAUUGCAUUUAUUUAAAUGAAUGAAUGAAUGAGUUUAAUAAUUUUUUUUUUUUUAUUCAAUACUUAUAAACGUUCCAGUCCAGAGCUCAAAAGAAAAGGUGCAAUUUGUAAAAUACAACAUUUUGCCCCCCCAAAACUUUAUUGCUGUUUUCAAACUACAGUACUUCAAAUACCGUAGUAGAAGGAUGACGUAAGAACAAGUGGGCCAACCAAAAUCUAGGGGGCGGGCCAAAAGUGAAAUCGCGGAAGAUUCAAAACAAAGAUGGCGACACAGAAUGAUUCCCCCCAAAAACUAAAUAAAAGCAGGGAGACAAAGAGCAGUAUGUUCCUGUGUAACGAGCCCGACCCGAGCCAGUCUGUCAUCUGUCACUCGGAGUUCUUUGUGGAAAGACUAAAAUAUGAGAAACCGCAGGUGUUUGCGGAUUUGGUGCUGAGCAACAUCACUCGACUCAUAGAUCUGCCAGGAGAGGAGUUUGCUCAGCUGACCGGAGAAUCGGAGCCGAGGCUGCCCUCCUCCUCCAACGGCUUCCUGCGCAACUUCAACUUCCUGAAACGGAAAGAGAAGAAAGUCGUAUUUGGAGCACCUUUAACUGAAGAAGGAAUUGCACAAAUCUAUCAACUCAUUGAAUACCUCUCUAAAAACCUUCACGUGGAGGGAUUGUUCCGAGUUCCAGGCAACAGCUUGAGGCAGGCCGCCCUGAAAGAGAUGCUGAACGCUGGGGCUGAUAUAGAUUUGGAGACGGGGGACUUCCAUCCCAAUGACGUAGCCACGCUGCUCAAAGUCUUCCUGGGAGAGCUGCCAGAGCCUCUGCUUACACACAAGCAUUAUCAUGCUCACCUUAAAAUUGGAGAGCUGACUCUCUUUGAUGACAAGGGGGACAAGACGAAUGUUCCGGACAAAGAACGUCAGAUUGAGACAUUUCAGCUGCUGUUCAUGCUGCUCCCCCCAGCCAACCGCAGCCUGCUGAAGCUGCUGCUGGAUUUACUUCACCACACGGCUCGCAAUCAGCACGCCAACAAGAUGUCUGCUCUUAAUUUAGCCACCAUGUUUGCACCGCACAUCAUCUGGCCCAAAAAUAUGGUAACGAGUGAUCUUCAAGGAGACAUCGAAAAACUGAACAAUGGCGUUGCCUUUCUAAUUAGACAUUCGCAGAAACUAUUCAAGGCGCCAGAGUAUAUCAAAGACUAUGCCAAAGCACAUUUCCUGGGAUCAAAGGCUCUGCAGUCAAAUGAUGAUUUGACGUUGUGUUCUGGUUCUGAAUUUGGGUCGGGGGCUGCAGUUGUUUACCCAUCUCCUUCAGUGAGAACAAACACGGAAAAGUCAUCAGAGAGCCUGAGUUACACUGAGACUGCCCUCAGAGAGCUGUACCAGCAGGUCAGCAGCAUGCCGGAGUCUGCCAAGAAGAAGAAGCUUAUCAGAAAGUUUGAGAAGCAGCCUGGAAUGACUCCAUCAGCAGAAUGUCAGUCACCGUUCAGGAGACACCAGCGAUCCCGCUCUUUUAGUGGAAUUAUCAAGAAGAAGGUGUUGGGAAGCCAAAUAUUAGCCGGGAAAGAGAACGGCGGCUCACAGCAGAGUCCUCCCACUUCCUAAAGUGUCAGGCACAGAAGGCUAACAAUCAGCUGCAGAGCAGGUUUUCCUUAUAAAAUUGUGACCGUCAGAACUCCAGGAUCCUCUUCAAGUUUUGAAAGAGAUGCCACUAUUAACUGUUGAGUUAAUCUUUAUGUUUUUAUUUUUUACUGUGAGUUUUGUCAUUUCCACUGAAUAUGAGUUUAGCUGAUGUAAGCAGGCAGGAAUGAACAGUUACUGUGCACCAGAGAAGCUGACAAACUUCCAUUUGGUUCUGUUUAAUUCUCUUUUUUAAAAUUUUGAUUUGUUGUCCAAAAAGCACAGAUCAUUUAAAAAAUGUUUUACAAUUGAUAGUUUAUUCAGUGAAAAGUUUAUUUAAAUUGUAAUGUUUUUAAGCUUUUGUGAAAGAUUUAAGUUACUAUUUAAGUAUUUUAUUUGCUGUUAAGUUGAAUUGGUCACGGCAGCUUUGAGCUGUUACUUCAGAGAUGUGCCUUAAAGAGUCUUUAAGUUAAACUGUUUUUACUUUUUUUUAUUACAUUUUUUUUUAUCUUUCAGAAGUGUCUUAAAAUGGGAAAGUUUAUACAUGAAAAAAAAACAAAAAGGACUGUUUUACUUAAUGAAACUAGCUUGAUUUUAAUGAAAUGUAUGACUACUGUGAUACUUUGUUCAAAUAUUUGUUCAAAUGUUAAUUCAGAUUAUAUUUGGGGGGGUUAUUUUUAUUAAUAUUUUAGCUAAGUUUACAAUAGUUUUCUUAUUUUAAAUUGUAAAUUUUUUAUUGGGAUUUUCUUUUAGUUACCUUAAGUUUUAUUCUAUGCAAAGUCUGAACAAAAAAAAUUUUACAUUCAUUUUUUUUACUUUCUUGUGUUCCUUUUUUAUUGUACCAAUUGCUUAAGCCAGUUUUUCUUUUUUUUAAUGACAUUUUAUGUUAAACAAUAUUACUUUAAAAGCUGUUACAUUUUGAAACAUUUAAGAUUGUAGAAAAAGUCAACGAUUAAAAGAUAUUGAGCUUUAUUUUUUUUCAUAGAAAAUUGUAUUUUUGACCAAACUUGUGUUUUUUGAGUCGUAGUUCUGUGUUGUAAUUUUAUCUUCAACCACAAGGCUACGCUCUUCUGCUGUAGAUGACAUGGACCCAUAAGCGCAGCAUUUAUGUUUUUUAAAGCAGGUAAAAUUGUUUUGAAAUUCAGCAGUCGUCAGUGAGGGAUAUUAUUGAUUUGAUCAAAUGUUCUAUUUUUUUAAGACUUCUUUUGAGUUAUUUUUAAUUUAGUUUCAAAGUAUUUAUUUUCAAAUCUUUUAUUUUGUGUCGACACUGAUGCUCAUUGUAAUAGUUCCCCUAAAAGAAAGUUUAAAUUAAACCACAAUAAAUUGUCAUAAACUCCUCCUAAUAAAAGGAAAAUACAGAGUUAAAUUAUGUACAGCUAUUCCAACUCCUCAAAGAUGUGAACAAAAAAUGACAUUCAAAUCCUGUAAAUAAAUCCUCUAUGCUUUAA